AUGGCUGCACCUUACUUCUCAUCCACCCUAUCCACUCCAAAACCCCUAAAAUCACCACCAAAAUCGUUAUUCAAACCCUAUUUACCUCGUUUGUCUCUCGGAAGAUCAUCCAAACCCAACCUGUUUAAUGUUGUUGAUGGAAGCUCAGCUCUUGGUACUAAAAUGGCUUUGACGCCUAGUGCUUAUAUCAAACCGUUGCAAAUUUCUCUUGGUUUCGGGGCCUCCUUCAGCAAGAAAGAGAAAAUAUCCUCCGACGGUGGUCAGGAAAAGGAAACACAAUUUGAAACACAUUGUGACAUCUCUGCUCCUCUCUUCAUCCCUAGUACUCUACAGCCACCAAAUUCCUGGCGCGAACACAGCGGGGGCUCAGUUGUUUUUGUUGAAACAGUUUUGAUGCCGAGGGCAAAGCCUGUGGCUCCUCUUGAUUUUGAGACUUCUGUUUUCAAGAAGGAGAAGAUUACUCUUGCUGGCCACGAUGAGUACAUUGUGAGGGGAGGACGGGAUUUGUUUCACCUGUUGCCUGAUGCAUUCAAGGGGAUUAAGAUUGGUGUCAUUGUAUCAGAUUCGUCUGAUAUAAAAGUCAAGCCAGAUAAUUAUGAGGAAGUUUUCUCCCAAAUGAAGCCAAACAGCAUUCUUGGGCUUUCCCAUGGAUUUCUUCUUGGCCAUUUGCAGUCAAUAGGACUUGAUUUCCCAACGAAAAUCAGUGUGAUUGCUGUUUGCCCAAGUGGAAUGGACCCGUCUGUAAGGAGACUCUAUGAUCAAGGCAAAGAGAUCAACGGCGCUGUUUUUGCAGUCCGCCAGGAUGUUGAUGGAAGGGCCACGAAUGUUGCCUUCGGAUGGUCAGUUGCCCUUGGUUCGCCUCUCACUUUUGUCAGUACACUAGAGCAGGAGUGCAAGCCUGACAUCUUCGGGGAGUGGAUGUACUAUAUUAUAGAUGAAGAUGAAAGGAGGGUAUAUAUUGAUGGCCCGCAUAACGCACAGCUAGUCAUGCCGUACUUGAAAAAGCAUACUCUUCACCUUAAACUCUCGUAUUAUUUAGCAGAUCGAAGUUUAUUGGGAAGGCAUGUAGCUGGGAUGGGGACUUGGGAAUUGGGACUGCAGUGUUGGGAGCCAGAGUACCUCAUUGCGUGUAAAACUGUGGCGAAGCCUGCCCUAAUCAUCGACUAA